AGGGAGUAAAGAGUAAAGCUUCAACCUUUGUCAUCUAAAAUAAUCCUCUCUGAUUGAGCCCACCCACCAUACUCUUGAAACUUCCCAAAAACCAGAACCCCUUUUGUGGACUCUCUCAAAGUCUUCGCUUUCAACAACACCCUCCUCCUCUUUUCACUCUCUUCCUCAUCUAAUCGCUUAUCCACAAGGAAUAUUUUUGGAUUAAAGGAGGAGCCUUGGUGAGGAAAGAGUAGUUUUUGUCUUUGUAAUUUGUGUCUCAGCUAUUUGGUGUUUAUUGGAAAAGCAUUGAGAUGGGUUCUCUUUGCUGCUGUCCAUGUGGUGAUGAAUUUGAAGAGUAUUCUCUUCCAAGCAAUCCAGUAUACAGGCAUUGCGCGUGCCUCAGAUACUUCUUCCACCAGCUAUUCAGCGGGUAUAGUGCACCGUUUCAAAGGCUUGAUGGGCGAUCAGUUCCAUCACCUAACCAAGCGGCUACUUCUUCUGUCCCAUCUGGAACUGGCACAACAGUAGCAAAUAACUCCUCAAAUGAUACUCCGUUUUCAGUGGCCAGACCAUCACCCUUUGAUACCGAUCAAAGAUACUCACGUUUGCAGCGUGACGGCUUAAUCUCUAGGCGUGAGAAGUCCAUGACACAUUUGCAGGAAGAUGCACAACAAGUGAGAAGAAGCAGUUCUGCGACAGAGUCCCUUAGUUCGGGGAAGAAACGGAAUGGAGUUGAAGCUGAAGAAGAUUGUAAGUCAGGGCAAUCAGAGACCUCGGAAAAGGAACUAGCAUCAAAAGUUGCAUAUGGACUAACUUAUGUCCUGCCAUCUUCAGAAGAUGAUGAUGUCUGCCCUACAUGUCUUGAUGAUUAUACCACUGAAAAUCCUAAAAUCACAACAAAAUGUUCUCACCAUUUUCACCUUGGCUGUAUUUAUGAGUGGUUGGAAAGAAGUGAAAGUUGUCCAAUUUGUGGGAAGGAGAUGGAGUUCUGUGAAAGCCCCUAACUUUUAGUAUCUGAUUUCAAAGCAAUAGAGCAAAUACAUAUGGAGCGGCUAUGAGUUUCUGUAAAUAAAAGUCGUGUUGUUUAUAAGGUUUGCAAAGUUGGAACCAAUUGUUAUUUGUGCCACUAGUUUGUAAUACUUUGUUGUGUUUCUUCAGGCUUUCGUAAGUUUGAAUGACCCAUCUUACUUGUAUAGAACUCCACAAAUCAGUGUGGCACCAUAUUCAGUUACUGUAAACAUAAUUGUUAAGAAAACAUAUGAAUGGCAGACACCAACUCUUUUUCUUCUCCUGA